GUCUCCUCUAACCACUCGCUGCUCCAUUUACUCCCUCGUAUCCACCCCUGCUUCCCGCUCAUAAAACUCGCCACCACCACCAGCAGCAGCAGAGCGAGCAGAGCAACCGCGCGCACUACUCUACUCCGCAGCGCGGACACUCCCGGCCCCGGCAAGUCCAGCCACCCUUCUCGCGUGAACCUGCCAGAACACACACACACACACACACACACACACACAGAGAGAGAGAGGAGGAGGAUAGCUGCGUAGCCAUUCUUGCGGGCAAGAGAUUGAAGGCGCGCGCGGCUGCCUCUCCUGCUCCGUACGCCUGCCUCUGAACCGGACGAGGUGUGCAUGGGGAAGGGGGCCGGGAUGGGGAGGGAGGCAGCGGCCGCCGUGGUGGCGGCGGAGCUGGAGGACUCGGCGGGGAAGGCGAAGGCGGCGGCGGCGGUGGCGGCGCCCGUGCUGAGCCCGCUCAGCGAGACGCUGUGGCGCGACAGGGCCGCCGGCGGGGUCCUCCUCGGGGACGUGUCCGCGCGCCUGGCGUGGCGGGACCUCACCGUCACCGUCGCGCUCGGCAGCACCGGCGACACGCAGGCCGUGCUGCGGGGGCUCACGGGCCACGCCGAGCCCGGCACCAUCACCGCGCUCAUGGGCCCCUCCGGCUCCGGCAAGUCCACGCUGCUCGACGCGCUCGCCGGCCGCCUCGCCGCCAACGCCUUCCUCUCCGGGACCGUCCUCCUCAACGGCCGCAAGGCCAACCUCUCCUUCGGCGCCGCGGCCUAUGUGACACAAGAUGACAACCUGAUUGGCACACUGACAGUAAGGGAGACCAUCUCAUACUCGGCGAGUCUGCGACUCCCUGACAAUAUGCCAAGGGAGGAGAAGCAGGCUUUGGUUGAGGGCACCAUCGUCGAGAUGGGACUUCAGGACUGUGCCGACACAGUCGUCGGCAACUGGCACCUGAGGGGGAUCAGCGGCGGCGAGAAGAGGAGGGUCAGCAUCGCCUUGGAAAUACUGAUGAGGCCUAGGCUGCUCUUCCUGGAUGAGCCCACUAGUGGUCUCGAUAGUGCUUCGGCAUUCUUUGUGACGGAGACGCUGCGGGGACUGGCAAGGGAUGGCCGAACCGUCAUAGCAUCGGUCCAUCAACCGAGCAGUGAGGUUUUCUUGCUGUUUGACUGCCUCUAUCUUCUAUCAGGGGGCAAAACAGUCUACUUCGGGAAGGCCUCAGAGGCUUGUGAGUUCUUCGCCCAAGCUGGUUUCCCAUGCCCGCCGAUGCGCAACCCAUCGGAUCAUUUCCUCAGGUGCAUAAACUCAGAUUUUGACAAGGUGAAGGCCACUCUGAAAGGGUCAAUGAAGACGAGGUUUGAAAGAUCUGAUGAUCCGCUCGAGAAUAUCACAACUUCGGAAGCCAUGAGGAGGCUGAUCAGCUACUACCAGCACUCACAGUACUAUAUCAAUGCACAACAGAAAGUAGAUGAGAUGGCCAGGCUCAAAGGAACAGUGCUGGAUUCAGGAGGGAGCCAAGCUAGCUUUCUGAUGCAGGCGUUCACGCUCACGAAGCGAUCCUUCAUCAACAUGUCAAGGGAUUUUGGAUACUACUGGUUGAGGCUUAUUAUCUACAUUGUUGUGACACUUUGCAUUGGGACCAUAUACCUCAAUGUUGGCACCGGAUACAGCUCUAUUCUGGCCCGGGGCGCAUGUGCUUCCUUCAUCUUUGGCUUCGUCACAUUCAUGUCGAUCGGAGGGUUUCCAUCUUUUGUGGAGGACAUGAAGGUCUUUCAAAGGGAGAGGCUCAAUGGGCACUACGGUGUGCUGGCGUUUGUCAUCAGCAACACACUCUCAGCGAUGCCAUUCCUGAUCCUGAUCACCUUCGUGUCGGGCACGCUGUGCUACUUCAUGGUGCGCCUGCACCCGGGCUUCAUGCACUACCUGUUCUUCGUGCUGGCCCUCUACGCCAGCGUCACCGUCGUGGAGAGCCUGAUGAUGGCCAUUGCCAGCGUGAUCCCCAACUUCCUCAUGGGCAUCAUUAUCGGUGCAGGGAUUCAGGGGAUAUUCAUGCUGGUGUCAGGUUACUUCAGACUUCCGCAUGACAUCCCAAAGCCCUUCUGGAGGUACCCCAUGUCCUACAUCAGCUUCCACUACUGGGCAUUGCAGGGCCAGUACCAGAACGACCUGAAGGGCCUGCUGUUCGACAACCAGGACGACGAGCUGCCCAAGAUCCCCGGGGAGUUCAUCCUGGAGAACGUGUUCCAGAUCGACGUGAACCGGUCCAAGUGGCUGGACCUGGCCGUGCUGUUCAGCAUGAUCGUCAUCUACCGCCUGCUCUUCUUCGUGAUGAUCAAGAUCAGCGAGGACGUGACCCCCUGGGUGCGCCGCUACAUCGCGCAGCGGCGGGUGCAGAACCGGCGGCAGCGCAAGGUGGAGCUGGCCACCAGAACGCCGUCGCUCCGCGGGUACGUGGUCGACGUGGCCAGCCUGCCGGCCGAUCACCCGUGAUUCCGUGAAGCGCGCGAGAACUGGAUAUCAGUAUCACACAAAGCCUAAACCGGAACUGAUAACAGUACAGUAGUACUGCAACAUUCCAAUAUGAAUGUGUUAAUUAAGUUUAGUAGCAACCGCUUAAGCUGUAAUAGAGUGUUGUUUGAUGCACUGCUAAGAUGUAUGUAUAUCACCAGCUUGAUGCAAGUUUUCUCUGUUAUUCUUC